GUCAGCUGGAUGCCGGUCCCUGCAGAAAGCCUCAGUCCCCAGUUUGAGUCAGAGCUGGGGACCAUGCUGUCCCAGGUUCAAGGAUAAAACCCAUUGGGCCCCAGUGCCAUCCAUAUCCCAUCUCGAGUCUUCCUCUGCAGUCGGGAGUCAGCACUGCUGAAAAGCACGGUCUAACAGGAAGGGAGCAGAAAACUAUGCUCUCACACAGUACCGUGAUGAAGCAGAAGAAAGAGCAAGCAUCAGCCAUCAUGAAGGAAAUCCAUGGAAACGAUGUAGAUGGCAUAGACCUGGGCAAGAAAGUCAGCAUCCCCCGAGACAUCAUGUUGGAAGAAUUAUCCCAUCUCAGUAACCGCGGUGCCAGGUUAUUCAAGAUGCGUCAAAGAAGAUCUGACAAAUACACAUUUGAAAAUUUCCAGUAUGAAACUAAAGUACAAAUAAAUCACAAUCUUUCUAUGCAAAAUGAAAAGAUGGAUGGAAGCCACUUGGAAGGUAGUUCACAGCAAGCACCCUUGACUCCUCCCAACACCCCAGAUCCACGAAGCCCACCCAACCCAGAGAACAUUGCACCAGGAUAUUCUGGACCACUGAAGGAAAUUCCUCCUGAAAGAUUCAACACCACAGCUGUCCCUAAGUACUAUCAGUCUCCCUGGGAACAAGCCAUUAGCAAUGAUCCGGAGCUUUUAGAGGCUUUGUACCCUAAACUUUUCAAGCCUGAAGAAAAGGUGGAACUGCCUGAUUACAGGAGCUUUAACAGAGUUGCAACGCCAUUUGGAGGAUUUGAAAAAGCAUCAAAAAUGGUUAAAUUCAAAGUUCCAGAUUUUGAGCUGCUACUGCUAACAGAUCCCAGGUUCAUGGCCUUUGCCAAUCCUCUUUCUGGAAGACGGUCCUUUAAUAGGACUCCUAAAGGAUGGAUAUCUGAGAAUAUUCCUAUAGUGAUAACAACGAAACCUACAGAGGACACUACUGUCCCAGAAACUGAAGACCUGUGAGAGGAAAGUUGUAUAUCACAAAACCUCUGAAAUAUAAAUGUUGCUAUUUUAUUACUCUACAUACUGGUAAAGCCACUUACAUUCUUCAUUAAUAGUUAUAACUUGAUAGCAUGUAAGUAAUUUUCCUUUUAUUGCCUUUAAUUUAAAUCUCAGAUCAAAUACUAACGGAAAAUUAAAAAUCAUAUUUUAAAAAA